GCUUUGCAAAUGAUAGAAUUGCCGAUUGAUUUUAGAAAGCACGCUAGCGAGAGAUCGCCGGCAUUAAUGCAUGUAUUAGGUGGCGUUAUAACGUUACUAUUUACAAACUAAUAGACCUGUUCUUUAGUAUCUUUGCCGGCGCUUUGAUAAAAGCAUACAUUUUAAAAAAUGACAGUGAUGUUUUUGCUUGUUAUAUCCACGUCGGUCGCCUUAAUAACCGCAGAAUCGUCUGUGUAUUUCCGAGAGCAGUUUGAAGAUGGAGAUGCCUGGAAGAGCCGAUGGGUGGAAUCAACGCACAAAUCCGACUAUGGGAAGUUCGUGCUGUCUGCUGGGAAAUUUUAUGGUGAUGCAGAGAAGGACAAGGGCCUCCAGACCAGCCAGGAUGCUCACUUCUACGCCCUCUCAUCCCGCUUCAAGGAAUUCAGCAACAAGGACCAGCCGCUAGUUGUGCAGUUUACAGUCAAACAUGAGCAGAGUAUAGACUGUGGAGGAGGCUACAUUAAGCUGUUCCCAUCAGACCUCAAACAAGAAGAAAUGCAUGGAGAUUCCACAUACAACAUUAUGUUUGGUCCUGAUAUCUGUGGCCCUGGCACCAAGAAGGUUCAUGUCAUCUUCCACUACAAGGGCAAGAAUCAUUUGAUCAACAAAGAUAUCAGAUGCAAGGAUGAUGAACACUCCCACUUGUACACACUGAUUGUUAACCCAGACAACACAUAUGAAGUGAAAAUUGACAACAAGAAAGUGGAGUCUGGAUCUUUGGAGGAUGACUGGGACUUCCUGCCACCGAAGAAGAUCAAAGAUCCUGAUGCCAAGAAGCCUGAGGACUGGGACGAGAAGGAGAAGAUCGACGAUCCCGAUGACAAGAAACCCGAGGACUGGGACAAGCCUGAGAAUAUCCCUGAUCCUGAUGCCAAGAAGCCUGAUGACUGGGACGAUGAGAUGGAUGGAGAAUGGGAGCCUCCUAUGGUUACUAACCCUGAAUACAAGGGUGAAUGGAAGCCAAAACAGAUUGACAAUCCUUCCUACAAGGGAAAAUGGGUGCAUCCUGAAAUUGAUAAUCCUGAGUAUACUGCCGAUCCUGAGAUCUACAAAUACAAUAGCAUUGGUGUGAUCGGAUUGGACCUGUGGCAGGUGAAGUCUGGCACCAUUUUUGACAACUUUUUAAUCACGAACGACCCAAAACUGGCUGAAGAGGUUGGCGAUGAGACUUGGGGUGCAACAAAGGAUGCUGAAAAAAAGAUGAAGGACAGUCAAGAAGAGGAGGAGAGAAAGAAACGUGAAGAAGAGGAAAAGAAAAGAAGGGAAGAGGCAAAGGAGGAGGCAGAAGAGGAAGAAGAGGACAAAGAAGAAGAGGAGGAGGAGGAUGAAGAAGAGGAAGAGGAAGAAGAUGAGGAAGAGGAGGAAGAAACAGACUCUAAACUCAAGGAUGAGUUGUAGAUUUAAAGAGGAACUCAUGAAGAACUGUCUUGUCUCCUGUUACCGGGGGGGAAUGUUGCAGAGAACUGGACUAUGCUGGACAUUCUUUUUGUCUCUUAGAUUGGACAUUUGACCGAAAUGUUAACAACUGUACAUCAAGCUUCAUCACCGUAACACCAAGCAUGUCCCAGAUCCCCCUGUAUUUUCAGGAAAGUAGUGUUAAGAGGAAGUGGUCUGAGAGGAAGUCUCCCUUUAUGAAAUGCAAAUGAGUUUGGUGAAAUUGUAUGUCUGUGUUUACAAAAAAAAACACCAGAGGACUGUGGUGGUUUGGGGACAUUAUGCAAUAUGACUAGGACAUUUGAGUGGUUUCACACAAAACACUAUAAUAGUUUGAUAACACUAAAAUCAUUUCUAAAAACAGUUCAACUAAUUCUGUAAUGUAAGGAAGCUCUGUGACUACUGUUCAGUUGAAUUUUCUUUUUUUCCAUUUUGUCUUCAUUCAGUUCCAUCACUGUGCAUAUCUGAUCUAAGUUAUAUUGGCAUGUAGCAGCCUGGAUUCCAACAGAUUGCUCCCCACUUUCCAUCCUUGAAAUGCCUGUUUUGUGAAUGAGAGUCUUUGUAGAUUCUUUUUGUUUAUUUCCAACUCUAACCUCAAAGUCAAGAUAAAAUUGUACUGUUACUGUUUGACAUCUUAACAGACUUGUUUGCAGACCUCUGAAUUUAACACAGUUCUGUUCUCAAACUUGACCAUUGUAAAAAUGCACUGCUGUACACUAAACCAGAUAGAAAUAAUGUGAAGCUGAUUUCAUGAGCCAGCAAGUUCAGCCCUGAUUAGAGAUUAAAUACAACUCUGCUCAAAGAUACCAGAAGUGUAACCCAAAGUAACUUGCUCACACAUGAAUCCAUCUUUGCAUUUCAGCUUUGAUCAAUACACCUCAUAUUUCACCAAACAAAAUGAUAUUUGACCCUUUUAAGAUGUUUUGUACUUUUUUGUGUUUGAGGGAAAAAUGCAUAGUUGUAGAGAGGUCUGAUAUGAACGAUGGCCUACUGUAUAAUAACACACAAAUACUGUUUACUGCUCA